UUAGCAUUUGAAAACUGCUCUGCCUUGUUGAAUUUCAGAUGGUUAGUGAAGGUCCAGCAAAGGGACUCUGUCGCGAUGGGCUUGUCGUAAGGACCGAGAGAGGCACCAUUCUGGUCUUUUGGGCACUGUGUGUACUACGUUCUUUCCAAAAGGAAAUGAAAUACGAAAACUCUGCUAAUAAAAUAAAUUUCCCAGUGGUUGAAGCGAGGCAUUUCCAGACUUUCACAUGUCAACCGUAAAUGUGCCUGGCCAAUGACAUUAACUCCAGCAUGAUGUUAGAAAUGCCAUAAAGACCGUGCAGAGUAUUCCAAAAGUGAAUUCAAAGUCCCUUUUUCCUGCUGGGUUCCACGAACGCUGUGGCUCUCCUGCCCUGUGUAACCCAUCUCCAUCGCACAGGAGUCUCCUGGGGCUUAGGGCCAGCCACCAAGAUGGGUCAUCAGGGGUUUUGAGUAGUCAGACGCCUCCUGGGAGUGGAUACGAUGUUUGAGAAAACAGUGACUGGCUUUGGCAAGAAGCUGAUCCGCCGCCGAAUCGUGGAUCUUGGCGUGGAGGACUCCCGGCUGGCCCGCUGCCUCUCUACCCUGGACCUUAUCGCCUUGGGGGUUGGCAGCACGCUGGGGGCAGGCGUGUACGUGCUAGCUGGGGAAGUCGCCAAGGAAAAGGCUGGCCCCUCAAUUGUUGUCUGUUUCCUGGUUGCCGCACUCUCUUCUGUGCUGGCUGGGCUUUGCUAUGCAGAGUUUGGGGCCCGGGUUCCCAAAACUGGCUCUGCCUAUCUCUACAGCUACGUCACCGUGGGAGAGAUCUGGGCCUUCACAACUGGUUGGAACCUGAUCCUGUCCUACGUGAUAGGGACGGCGAGUGUCGCCCGGGCCUGGAGUUCUUCCUUUGACAAUAUCAUUGGCAACCACAUCUCAGUCUUCUUUAGAAGCAACACCUCCCUGCGUGUGCCGGGUGUGCUAGCCGAGUACCCAGAUUUCUUCGCACUGCUCCUGAUCCUGCUGCUCACAGGUUUGCUGGCAUUUGGCGUGAGCGAAUCAGCCUUAGUGAAUAAAAUCUUCACUGCGGUGAACCUGCUGGUUCUCUGCUUUGUCAUCAUCUCUGGUUUUGUGAAGGGAAGCGUCAAGAACUGGCAGCUGUCUGAAGAAGACUAUUACAACCACUCAGCCAUGGCCAUCAGCCAGGACGUUAGCAUUGGCUUCCUGGGAUCAGGGGGUUUCGUUCCUUUUGGAUUUCAAGGGAUCCUCGCUGGAGCUGCAACAUGCUUCUAUGCCUUUGUGGGAUUUGACUGUAUCGCUACAACAGGGGAGGAGGCCAAGAAUCCUCAGCGUUCUAUCCCCAUUGGCAUCAUUGUGUCUCUCCUGAUCUGCUUUGUGGCAUAUUUUGGAGUUUCUGCUGCCCUGACCCUCAUGGUGCCCUACUACCUGCUGAACAAGGACAGUCCCCUGCCCGAGGCCUUCAAAGAUGUGGGCUGGGAGCCUGCCCGUUACGCUGUAGCCGUUGGAUCUCUCUGUGCACUCUCAACCAGUUUGUUGGGCUCCAUGUUCCCCAUGCCCAGAGUGAUCUAUGCCAUGGCAGAGGACGGGCUGCUUUUCAAGUUCCUCUCCAGAGUGAACACACGGACAAAGACUCCCCUGGUGGCCACCGUUGUGUCUGGCAUCGUUGCUGCUCUGAUGGCGCUCAUGUUUGAGCUGAAGGACCUAGUGGACCUCAUGUCGAUCGGCACUCUGCUGGCGUACUCUCUGGUUUCUGUUUGCGUGCUGAUUCUCAGGUAUCAGCUGGAUCAGCUGAACUCUCCAAAGGAGAUGGUGGAGCUGAAUGGAAACGAGGAGGAGAAAGCGAUCAUGAACCCCUCCGCCAGUGACUCCCAGGCUGCACUGCAGGAGGAGUCCACCUGCAGGUGCCUCUUCAACCCCCGCAGCAAAACUCCAACCGGCUUGUCAGGGAAAAUUGUCUACGUCAGCACUGCGGCCCUUGCUCUGUGCAUCACCAUCCUGUGCCUGGUCCUGGCCCAGAGGAUGGACUACCUUUUGGAGGGCAGUGUGGGCUGGAUCCUAGGCUGCAUGGUCCUCCUGGUGCUUAUUCUGCUCUUCACCAUCAUUGUCUGGAGGCAGCCGCAGAGCAACGCUCAGCUGACUUUCAAAGUGCCUUUCCUGCCGCUGCUUCCGCUCUUCAGCAUCUUCGUUAACGUUUACCUCAUGAUGCAGCUGAGUGCUGGAACCUGGGCCCGGUUUGCUGUGUGGAUGGCCAUAGGCUUUGCUAUCUAUUUCGGCUAUGGAAUUUGGAACAGCAUAGAAGGGAAGAAUGAAAAUAAAUCCCAUUCCACAGUGGGCAAGUUGCACUCCUCCGGGAUAGAUCCCAGCCCUGAAGCUGCUACAGUCUGAGACUGAAGAUGUUCAGAGCAUUCUCAUGUGCAACCUGGACUCCCUGAAGGUCCUUGUCCUCCUGGCCCCUCCUUUUUGUGGAGCAGAAUGGCAAACUGAGCAAGACUGCAAAGCCCUAAUCAGAUGGAUUCUGAAAUGAGGUCAUGUGGCAAAGCCAGUUGGGUCCUCUCUGUUUACCCUGAUGAACUGGUUGUUAAAAUCCCAAACCAACCUGAGGAUAGGGACAGGGCCAGUCGUCUGCCAACCUCCCUUCCCCUGGAUGGAUGUUACCUUUGACGCAGUUGUGUGUCAGGAAUGCUGCUUUCUUUGGCUGACAGGAGGCCCCCAUGUAAAUAGUGCAGCUAUAUUUAUUCUGUCCGGCCAUGUGGUUGGGGGCUGCCUUUCUCUUCUGUCUGUGUAAAUAGAGUGCAGUAUUCCAUGGUUUCUAACUUGCUCCUUGUAUAGAAUUGUUUUUAAAUAUUGGCUUUUGUACUAUUAAACUCCAGGGUUUUUUAAA